AUGUUGAUGUCAAUGCAGCAACCAAGUAACGGUGUUGCUGUUGGAAACACUCCUACCACAUCAGAGUUAGCAGCAUCACUUUCACUUGCUGCUUCAAGAAGGAUAGUUGAAGCUGAUGGGUUCAUGAGAGCUGGCCUAUACGAUGGAUGGCUUCCCCAUCUGUUUGUAGGGAAUUUGCUUAAAGGACAAACUGUUGGUGUGAUUGGAGCAGGUCGUAUUGGAUCUGCAUACGCUAGAAUGAUGAUUGAAGGAUUCAAGAUGAACUUAAUUUAUUAUGAUUUCUACCAAGCCACACGUCUAGAGAAGUUUGUUACAGCUUAUGGUCAAUUCUCGAAAGCUAGUAGCGAAGAACCUGUCACAUGGAAACGCGCAUCAUCAAUGGAUGAGGUUCUUCAAGAAGCUGAUGUCGGUAUCCAACCUGGUCAAACCCAAACCAAGUAG